AUGGUAUGUGUUUUGAAAUUUUUUGGAGUGGGUGCUACACUACAAAGCACAACAUCCGUUUUUAGAUUCGAUACAGAAUCAGAUAAAUAUCAAGUUUUCAAAUCACAAACGUCUGACAAGUCUAAUGAUAAUUUAAAGGAUGGAAAAGAUUACGAUUUGGUGAAUGACUCAACGGAUGCCUUAAAUUUAGAUUUUUUGUUGCUUUACUGUGAAGUUGAAUUUGUUCCUCACUGCUACUAUACUAAAUGCGAGAAUGAGAAGGGUGUGGAUUGUUCUUCUGGAAGUUUUUCUGGAAGUUCUUCACAGAAAUCUUUAGAUAUGUUUAAAGAGGGAAUACUUACUGAUUGUGUUGUUGAGGUAAGUUUUAUUUUUGGAUGUUUGUAA